CUUCCUGAAUAGUCUGGGAUCGCUCUACAGAAAUGGUCUCACAAAUCAUGGUCGACUUUCCUACAGAUGCCAACGAGUACCGAUCAUCCCUUGCAUGCCAGAUGCUGGACAACGUGUCCAUCUACGCUCUAGCCUUGCCAAUCGAGUCUUUGUCGAGGGAAGUUGCAAAGGACAUCGGUCGCUACCGGGCCUUCAUUGAGGGCACACAGCCCGUGCUUUGGUCAUUGAGCGCCAUGAAAUUUGCUGAUGUACAGUUGCUCACGAACGCUCGCGAUCCCAAACCUGAUGACAGGGUCAUCAACACGCAAGCGUCUCGAGUCAUGCGCAAGCGUGAUUGCCAGAAUGAUCAUGUGACCAUCGAUGCAUCACUCUUCGUCAAACUUGGCAUGAAUGUGCCUUCCACGAGUGAGGAGGCCAUGUCGUUGUCCACCGACAUACUCGCAGAACUGAAGAAAAUUCUCUCGUUUUACCUCUCGCUUCUGCGGAGGACGGAAUUAGUGGGUGACAUCAAAGCCUUGCUCUUCCCAAGUGUGGAAGAGUCUGCUAAAGAUGUUGCGCCCCAAGUCUCGUUCCCCGAAGACGCCGAGAGCUCAACAGAACACACUGCGUAUCCAAUGGUACAGCCCAUGAAGGCUGCUCUUUACUUCGACAAUGCGAACGCGUUUGGAGAGUGGCAAAUCCUCAUAUCCACUGGAGCAUAUAAACAUCUACGCGAACAUCGCCGAGCAGACAAAAAAAUAUUCGAGAUUAUCUACAAGAAGAUCAAACACCUCUCGCGUGGCCAAUUUUCGACUGACAAUCAUAAGAGACUCAAUGGACCGGAUGCAGGCAUUCCUAUCUUUGAAGCCAAGAUGACUAAAGAUUUACGGCUGGUGUACCAGAUUGAUUGCGUCCCUGAGCAGGGUGGAGAGUCUGAGAAACAGGUCAUCAAAGUAUACGGGAUCUACAGACACUCUGAGCUCGGCAGAAUAUGGAAUGCCUUGGGAAACCAUCUAGCACGCAGGGGUGCAGAAUAUCGCAGACGAUGCAUAUUUCGUACCAAACGAACUGACAAUGCUAUUCUGCCGGCCUCAUUCCCGCCGACAGAACCUGAGCCAGAGAUUCUAGCAAGCCCACUGGAUCUUAGUGCCAAGGACAUGGAGCAUCUUCACUCUUUGCUUGUCUUGGAGAAAUAUAUUACAUUCUCCCAAACUUUUUUGCAUAGUCUCAUUGCAAACCAUGACGUACACCACGUCUUCAUGCUCUCUCCGCAAGAACAAAAGAUUGUCGAGUGCACUACAUCAUGCUAUGUUUUGGGUCGCAGUGGCACAGGAAAAACGACGACAAUGCUGUUCAAGAUCCUUGGGAUCCAGCGAGCCUGGGAACUAAGCGCCAAUGACAUGCCCAAGCCACGUCAAAUUUUCGUCACUAAAUCUAGAAUGCUGGCAACAAAAGUAGAAGAAUACUUCACAAGGCUUCGCGAGUCCCUGGCAAUGUCAGGCUAUACAUUGCCCGAAAUUGCAAAACUCAAGGCACAAAGCUUCGAGGACGACCUUAUUGAUCCUGACGAUGCUCCCGAGUCGCAGAUGAAUGUACCGGCGAGAUACAGCGAACUUGAGGAUAAACAUUUUCCCUUAUUCGUGACUUUUGAUCGACUGGCAAAGAUGAUCGCAGGCGAUAUCUUCAACAUGGACGAUCCAGAGACGAGGCAUAGCGCUGAGCUGUUCUUCGAAUCUAAUGACAUGGAAGCGUAUGACUCGUUCGUUACCUAUGAUGUAUUCGAAAAGCAAUAUUGGCCGCAUUUUCCGCAGGGACUCACCAAGAACCUGAAUUCAUGGUUGAUUUUCAGCGAGUUUAUGGGUAUCAUCAAAGGCUCCGAACAGGCGUUGGGCUUUCCGGAUGGAUUCCUUGACCGUCCAAGUUACCUCUGUCUUCCCUGUCGCUCCAAUCCGGUCUUUGCCAACCAGAGAAACAGAGUUUAUGAUAUAUUCGAGAGCUACAGGAAAUUCAAGAAGCAGAAACGCCACUUUGAUGUAGCGGAUCGCACGCAUUCGAUACUCAAGGCCUUGCAAAACAAAAAUUUUCCUGGUCAACAGGUUGAAUAUAUGAAUUCAGAUGGUCUUUUCUGGGCUGGGGAUACUGCGCAGACGAUCUCUGCCGGAAGUUCCUUCAGAUUCAAUGACCUGAAAGCAUUUGUCUAUCGUAUGGAGCGCUACAGUAGCUCGGUCACCCCCACUGGAGCUCCUGCGCAUCAACCAACGAUGUUUCAAUUGGGUACCAACUACAGAUCACACAAUGGCAUUGUGAACUGUGCUCAUUCUGUCAUCGAGCUCAUCACGAAGUUCUGGCCAAAUACAAUUGAUCACCUCCAACCUGAAAAGGGGGUGGUUGAUGGAGUGAAGCCAGUAUUUUUCACGCACUUGGAUAAUGACACUCACCUUAAACAAUUUUUGGUCGGGGAGAGUGCGAAUAAAUUAGAGCUUGGAGCCCGCCAAUGCAUACUUGUGCGUAAUGAAGCAGCAGUCAAGACCGUGCAAGACAAAGUAGGAAAUAUUGGAAUGAUAAUGACGCUCUAUGACAGCAAAGGCCUCGAGUUUGACGAUGUUCUACUGUACAAUUUUUUCGGAGAUUCCGCCGUAGAUGCCUCACGCUGGCGGGUAGUUCUCAACGGGGUGCAGGGCCAAGGUUAUGCGCCAGAUUUUUAUCGUGAUGAGAUACGGUACGCUGCAAUAUGCAGUGAGUUGAAACUCCUCUACGUGGGGAUUACCCGUGCAAGGAAGAACGUAUGGAUCUUUGAUACAUCCGAUAAGUCUGAUGCUAUGCGUAUUUUGUGGGAGUCUCAAAAUCUGAUCCACACCUGUGCCCACAGCACGGAUGUUUCUCCUCUAGCUGUAUCAUCCACUCCGGAAGAAUGGGCAUCCUCCGGGCGCUCACUAUUCUUGCACAAGCACUACUCGCAGGCUAUUCAUUGCUUCGAGCGCGCUGGCCUGCAUCGCGAAGUGAAGGUUUGCGAAGCUUAUCUACUACGAGAGGCAGCACGUUCCAGUGUCGGAGUGGCCUUGCUUAGCGUUCAACAAAGGGCUUUUAAUGCGGCAGCAGAAGCCUUUUCUGACUGUGCCGCAGCUGCUACUGGCAACGAGAAACGUCAAUAUCACCGCACCUCGGCAGAUUGCCAUGUCAGAGGGGGACAAGACCUCAAAGCUGCUGAUAAGUAUCUCGAGGCUGAAGAGUUCGAGUUAGCUGCGAAGAGAUAUCGCAAGGCUGGAUCUUUUGACAGGGUGCUCCAUGUCCUUACGGACCACCGCGCUGUGAUACCUGAAAAGACCGCGACAGAUUUGUGGAUGGUAUGUCGGCUUCAUUACUGCAGCAGAAGCAAUGAUCACGCCCCUGUGCCACUAUUCUCUUCGUUUGAUGAGGAACUCGAGUUUUUGGAGGAAUACGACUUGGAUGGUUCCCGUGCUGCCCUUUUGGAGUCUCAGUCGAUGUACUACGAGGUCGCCGAGAUACACUUAUCAGAGAAUCGCCCCAUAGAAGCAGUUCAAGCGUUUCUCAAGGAUGACAGAAAGAUCGAUUCAGCUGCUCGUGCAGCUGACACUCUUCUGGAAUUUAUGUGGCGCAAAUGUUCAUUCAGGAUCAAGCCAAAAGCCGCCGUUCUUGACCACUCGGUGCGGCGCGCUAUCACCCUCGCUGAUCAGCUGCAAAUGAAGAAACUGGAGUCAACGACUCAUAAUUUGAUCUUGAUGUUUCAGGGCAUCUUGCGAGAAGAUCAUGAGUCGUUAAAGAAACUUGCCCUUAUCUUCCAGGAACAUGAUCAUCACACUGCCGCUCUCCUUUGCCUGGAUCACAUUUUCACUCGACUGACAGACAUUCGUCCUUUCCAACACCAUGAAAUGGCAAUCUUUCUUGAAACAUUUCAUACCUAUGCGCGACUACUGUAUCAAAAUUUGACCAUGCCUGACCCCUUAGGACGCCACGAAUGCGAUGUACAAAGACUAUUUUCAAUUGUGCCACUGCCGGGCGACGAGUUUCUAAUACCGAGUGGGACGUUCCUGUACGACAAUGUGAAGGGAACUCCUCGGAACCGCCGUCUGGUCUCGAUACAUCCAUCCGGAUAUAAGUCCUCUCGUAAAAAUGCAACAGAACUGAUCCAUCUGUCCAUUCGAGCUGUCUUGGAGGACAAGGUUUUGGAACUCGAUAAAAUGUGUUGCGACGCUCCAGUCUUUUUGCAGUGCUUGCCAUUUAUUGUCUCUGGGACGUGCCAAAGAGAGCAAUGCCCCCAGAACCAUGUUGCGAUAUCGAAUAUGGACCGCACGCAGUACAACACCCACGUCGCGAUCCAUAUGCAAUUGAUUCUCAUCUUACAACUCUUGUACUCCGCGCAUCCUAGUUCGAAACAAUGGGAAAGCAUGAGGGAUUGGCUCGAACACCUUUACGAAGCGCUGGCUCCACCCUUGUUCAUUCAAGGUUCAUUUGCGGACCUCAAUUUGACCCUCAUUCCACAUGGUUUAGCUGGCCUGAGAGUGCUCUGGAUUCGCGAAUCUUUCUAUAGUUUGAACCCGUUCAAGAGCUCUCAAUCUCUGACGACCUUGAUGAAAAUCACUAGUUUGAGUUUCGCUUUUGAUCGGAAUGAUGCUCCCGCCUACAUUGCUGAGGCACAGUGUGUCAACAGAAAGACAUUUACCGAGCUCCUCCGACGGCCAGAUAACCGCUACCUGGUGAUGGACAUGCUCAAUUCUUAUCGAGGAGCUAUUCCCAGCAGUAUAUCAUCGGGAAUUUUGUUUCUACUGCAUGUCCUCAACAACCGUUUACGCGUCAAUCUAUCUGUUCUAUGUGACUGCAUUGAGGAUAUCCUCUCCUCUUUCAUUAUAAAUCACAGAAUGGAUCCAACGCUAGACAAACUUCCACUGCACGGUGCCGUUCUUCCAUCAAACUGGUUGGUCUUCCCCCACAAGUUUUUUGUGAAAAAAGACGUCGAACCGGAGUCAAUGAGGUUGCUCUUGGAUGCGAUAGGGGAUCUAAUAUGGAGUUUGCGCAUGGAUAGUGCCAUGGGUUCUUUGUGGCUUGCACAUAUUACCAGUAUCACACCGUUACUUCGCGAUAUUUUCAUCUUCCGGCUAAAUCUUUGCCUUGUUGCUCACAACACACGAUACCCCAUGGUCAAGCGCAAAGUGAAUUCGAUUAUGCUUCGUCUGUACACAAGCAAUAAACCUCAGUGCACUGCAUACUAUCGAAAACUCGUGGAGGACGUUGUUGAGCACAUGGCGCUUUUGCCCGGCAGAGAAAUGCCUCGCUUGGAUGGCCACCUGCGAGCUGUUCUGGAUUUCGAUACCAACAUUGCUGCGAGCGAUCUUGUCCAACUUGUUCACAAGACGAGGCAAUCUACUCAAAUCUCGUCGGUGCGACAACUGUUUUACGAAAAGGCUAGUGACAUUCCCUAUCUUCUUUCUUCGCAUAUGGUCGCUGCACAGUCUACGCCGAGGCCGGAGGCAGCUACCUUUGUGCCUCGCAUGCAGCGUCCCAAAGAUGAUGUAAAGGUUCGUCAGGCCGAGAAGGAGAACUUGAAGCUGAUGCCUCAGGAGGCCCACGGAGAGGAAGUAGAAAAGAAAGAAGUUCCAGUCGCCGUUGAUUCCGAGGUUACUGAUGACAUGGAAGAUAUUGACGAGGCUGACACAUCCCUCACAUUACUUGAGCCUGUGCAAGAUGAGUCCCUUCGUUCCAACGGGCCAUCCGAAGAGCAGGACCGGGCAGCUCACACGAUUCAGUGUGCAUAUCGUUAUUACAUCUGGCGUCGUUCAGGUUCUGCGGUAGAUGCAGAAAUCAAUGCGAUAUUCACGACAUGCCUCAAGGAGACGAGGUCCUCUGAAUGGCGUCCAAGCUAUUACCGUCUUCUUUUCCUUGGACCAUUGCCCCACCUUCUGGCGUGCCUGGAAAGGGGCAUAACUCUGACUCACGCUGUCAAAGAGAAGACGAAAGACCUUCUCAAUAUGGUGUCUCAUGAAGAGCUCGAGAAAUUGGGCAAGCAGAGAAGCGAGAUCACGUCAGUCAAAAUUUACCCAGCGUCAUGCAAUGAUUGACGUGCAGUCUUGUUUACAGAUCGCUCCUCAAAAAGGGCUUGCAACUGCGCAAAAAGCUAGAGCCUUCCUCACCAGAUCAUCGUACCCGAGAUAUCGACGCCCUCAAACGCGCGGUUUUGGAGGUUGGAGAAUUCA